CCAAACCCAACAUUGAGAAACAGUGUACCAGACUGACACAACGUUGCACACGUUGUGUUUUGUCUUGUGAGUAAACAUGAUGAUAGCAGAUCCUUUUAGACCACGACCGGUGCCAAAGCUAACAUGGGCCGCGGCUGUGCCCUUUCCACGCUCUACUUGGAUCCACCCAUACGUACCGGAGGACGACUUUGACCGUGUUUCCUACACGAUAUGGAAGAACGCACAGAGACAGGGUACUGGUGUGCUGCGGACGAGGACGACGAAGGAGGUUGAAGUAGACAGAGAUCAACGCUCUCUCGCGACACCCUGCAGCGAACGCUGUACUGUAGGAGCAGAGGACCAGGAAGGACGGGUCAAGAGGGAAGCAGAAGAGAUGUUGUCCAUGGUUCGCCAAGAGUUGGAGGACCUGUAUUCAGACAAAAGUAAGGAGUCACAAGGAUGGGAAGAUGAGCUGAGCAGAAUAGAGAUCCCGGGGGCCCGCGUCGAGAUGAAAAGAAGCAGCGCUGGGAUUCUGCUCAAGGGGGUGAAACAGAUUUGUGUGGACGGAAGCAGCCAGCCUACCAGCGCAGAGUCUCUGAUCCCGUUACGUCCGUUCACCCGAGGGAGGUCCCUUCACCCCGCCGCCCUCCCCGAGGCCUCCACACCUGGGAGGAGCCGUCCCGCCCACCCUGCCGACACAGGUCGCGCCCCCCGACGGGCAGAUCAGCAGGACACUCCCGCCCGUACCUCUCGUGCCUGUCAGACUGAAGGCGUCUACUACAGCAGCGAUAGCGGCGACGAUUCCCACGGGCUCCCGGGCCCGCGUCGCUUGACCGCCGACAGAAGCAGCAACGAAGAAGCGGCGGCUCCCACCUUCGGCAGUGGGCAGUGCCCCUGCGGAGCUUCCGGGCCUCGGCAGAAGCCCGCUACGUGCUAUAGCUCCUUCUGCGACCUAGACCUCCCUUGUCGGCCCCUCCAGCCCGAGGCCUGCGAUGCGGCCCUACCCGAGCCUUCGCCUGUGGCUGCCCAAACAGAUGUCUCCCUCGCUCUACCAACGCCGACGCCCAAUAUCAAACCCUUCCAACCUUUUGAGGUGAGCUCGGGCCGUAAGUGGGAUCCCCAAGCUCUUGAACGAGAAUGCGACCGUCGACUGCUUGCUACCGACCAAAUGGCUUCGGUGUUUCCUGCUGGCGCCCCUGCCGUGGUUCCUCCCGUAUCCAUGUCAGCUCUGGCUUUGGCAAUGAUCCCCGACGACCAAGUGGUGCCCUUUCCCCUCAACCCCCUCGCCCAGUUCCAUGUUCCCGCGGCGUUCAGCACAGCCGCCCCCGCCCCCGCCUUCUUCCCCCCCGUCUGGUGCCGGGUGAAGGCUCCGAUCCAGGGCAGGGCACCAACACCGCGGGCGAGGCUGUCGUCCAAGGUUCCAGCUCCGCGUCAGCAGGGCGCCUACGACCUACUGGCUGACUUCCCCGUACUCCGGCCCCAUAACGUCAAGCGAGGCGUGGGCCCGGCGGCCCAGGUCUGGGGCGCAGACGGGAGGAGGAGGGGCCUGGCGGCGGUGCCGCAGGAUAACCUCAACCAGCAGCCCGGUGGGGACGGAGACAGAGAGCAGGGCAAGGAGCACAGCCAGCCCCUGGUCCCCAGGCCCGUGUGUGAAGGAGGUCAGGGGUUCACGCUGGCCCUGGCUCCCCCACCUCUAGCCAAGCCAGGCCUGAGCAACCUUCCUGUGGCCAAUUGCGGAGGGGCAGUCCACACACAGCCGAUUACAGAGACCGACGCAAGUGUAGGCGUAGACAUGACCAGCACCCGCGUCGACCUCGCCAGCCAUGCAGCUGCCACGCCGGAGAAAGCCGGGGGCAGCGAUACCCAGCGCACGACGGACGCCGGCGGCAAUGUCAAGGGCGAGUCUCCGGCUGCAAAGAAGAAUGCUGCUUGCCAGGCCACACCUCCCUCUAUGGUAGCCAAUCCGUCGAGAGCUCCAUGCCCCCAUGCCGUUCUCCAGCCAAUGAGAUUGGACUUUACCCCCCCAACCCAGCGCCUUCCUCCACGUUUGUAGGCGAACAUAAAAACCCAAGAUGGACCGACUAAGAGAGCCCCCUGCAACUUACCGUCACCCCCCCCCUCCCGCCAUCCCCCAGACCUAAUCUCCAUGGAAAUAGAUGGGGAGGAAACUGGUGGAAACGGCUGAUGUGGGAGACAGAGGGGGGUGUGGGGAGACGUGGAGGAGACAGCAGGGAGGCAAGAGGAAAUAUAAAUGAUUUGCAUUGGCAGCGUUGUCUGCUCUUGUUGAUUUAGGAACCGUG